GUCUACCGCAGCACACGACGUCCCUGUCAAGUUACCAAGAAACGGUACUGUAAACCCCCACGUGCCAUCAAAACGGUAUGAUAUAAUACAGUAGACUAGUCUCCGGCCUCCGGGUGCUAGGACGGAAAAAAAAGAUAAAAAUAAAAAAAAGAUGCCACCCCUCCUCCCUCAGCCAUGAUGCGAGCACUUUGGGGAAACCUCAUCAGGUCAUUCCACCCGUCCAUCCAUCCAUCCAUCCAUCCAUCCGUCCGUCGAGGAUCUCAGGAACACAUUCUUCUCCUUUUUUCCGGUCCAGAGUACCGUAACCUCACGGGAAAGGGACCAUCAUACGGUACCCAAGAUAGCGGCCGUAACGAACGCUGACAAACGCAAACUGAAUCGCUUUUUCAUUUUCAUUUUUCCCCCUUCUCCGCUGAUCUCUCCCAGGCGGAGGGAGGGUAACUAUCGCAAUCCAUCACACGAUUAUUAUUAUCCUCCUUUUUUCCUUUUUUCCUUUUUUCCCUUCUCUCCCCUUCGCACUUCCGUACGCACGAUACCUGCCCUUUCUUCCCUUUUUAUUCCUUUAGCACGGUACGGCAGGUAUGUGCGGUUUAGUGUUGCUUCCCAAAGCACAGAUAUAUUUACAGCAUCAUACACCCGUGGUAACAUAUCACAAAAAAAAAAACGCCAUCCUAAAGGUGAAGGGGUCCACUUUAUGGCGUACCGUACCGGUAUCCUAUCCUAUCCUAUCCUAUCCCAUCCCAUCCUAUCCUAAUUAUCAUACCAACCUACCUGCCCGCCCGCUUGUCCAGAAAGCCUAUGAUAGCGCGCAGCAUACGAGUAGGGCACCACCACCACCACCACCACCACCACCUACCUACCUACGAUACCCAAGUCAUCAUACACCUGUGAUACCUACCCAGUGCAAACACAAACAGUGGCGACAACGAAACCCUCAUGAACCUCCUUCCUUUCCUUCACUCUUCCCCAUCUUCUCCGGGUCGAUAUCAUUUCUCACAAAGCCCAGCUUACUAUACCGCACGGCUAUCCACACAACAGCACCCUACGAGUACGGGUACCGUGCCCCGCGUACGUACGUACUGUACAGUACAGUACAGUAUCGUACAGUUCCAGACGGACACCACCAACCACCACAAAAAACCACACUUCAAUCAGCGUUCACGAAAAGAAAAGAAGAGGGGGAAAAAAAGGAAAAAAGGGAAAAAUAGGAUAAAAGAAAUAUAAAAAAAUAAAAAAAUAAACUAAAACUUGCUCCUCCGGAAAACCCUUUCUCCGAAACGGACCCCAGCGAGCGAACCAGACUAGACUAGUUCUAACCAGCGAGCACGCAAGCAGCGCACGCGCGCGUUUGGCACAAGAUUAGCUCGGUUCGGUAAACCUCUCCGGCUCACCGCAAA